AUGCCCUUUCAGAGUCUCCAAAAGCCCACCAUAUCUCUCUAUCUAUAUAUGAACGAUUCACUAGACUGUACAUGCCCUCCAAUUACAAGAAAGCUAUAAGGGAAUUGGUCUAUCUAAUCAUUACAAAACGGGGAUGCAGGUCCCUGCUAAAUCCUAUGUCACGCCAACACUGCCGAUACAAUCAACGCCAAUGUCUCUGCUUUUAUUUCCCUCGCCGAUUUCUCCGUUUCUUGCAAUCAAGAAGACCACAUUUGAGAGAUCUGUUGGGUUGAGUUGGUGUCGAGAAAGGAAGAGAAAAUAUGGGAUUGUGGCAUCAAGCAACGUUGCCCUACCCUUCUGGGAUGCUUGGAAGCCAGAGAAGACAUCUUCUGCACCUUCUUUCAGCGACAUCAUCUGGCCCUCUGCAGGAGCAUUUGCAGCAAUGGCAAUAUUCGGAAAGAUGGACCAAUUACUUGCGCCUAAAGGAAUUUCUAUGACAAUUGCGCCCUUAGGAGCUGUUUGUGCCGUCCUCUUUGCCACUCCUUCCUCCCCUGCUGCUCGGAAAUACAAUGUUUUCAUGGCCCAGAUUGGUUGUGCGGCCAUUGGCGUUCUGGCCUUCUCAAUCUUUGGUCCCGGUUGGCUUGCUAGGAGUGCUGCUCUUGCUGCAUCAGUAGCUUUCAUGAUCUACGCGCGUGCUGCACACCCUCCUGCUGCAAGCUUGCCACUUCUGUUCAUCGACGGAAUUAAGCUUCACCACUUGAAUUUUUGGUAUACUUUGUUCCCUGGCGCUGCUGGCUGCAUUAUCCUUUGUUUGAUUCAAGAGAUAGUGUGUUACUUGAAGGACAAUCUCAAAUUUUAAUCGACAAACCAACGCAAUUCAUUGGAGAGUAUGCUGUCCUUGGACUCAUUUUGAAGAGCAUAAUGGAAGCUAGCAGAAUAAUCUUGCCAAUACUAUCACUUCUGGGGAGAAAUCAUUUCGUGACAGAGAGCAGAAGUAGCUUGAUUGAGAUUCAACUUUAUUAUUUUUCUGAGGGUGCAUAAUCUUGUAAAAGUUAUUGCUUGGUUCUUCACCAAUGUUUGAAAUCAGAAAGUGUGUUUGCUCUCUCUUGAAGAACAAAGACCAAGACUCCCAGUGUUGGACAGUGGUGGAAUAUACAUUUGGAAGAGCGCAAGCAUUUUAGAAUUCUAUCUCUCCGGGACACUGAAACAUACAAGCAUCACUGUAAUGAAGAAUAUUAUUACUAUUUUUUUAAUAAAUGAUAAUAAUAGUAAUUUUGAAAAUAGAGAUUGCUAGAAACAGAAUGAAAUGCUUAUAGAGUUGCUUAUUUAGUUUUGAAUUGAAAUGCCCUUGAUUAUUUU